CGGGCUCUUAAGGGAACGGUUGACCAACUCCGGAAUGCGGUUCUUUGCGGGAUCGGAGGAGUGCUAGAGGACACACAGACACAGUCAGUAGCCACGUUCAGGUGUUUGGCGCCAAGUUGCCCCAGAGAGACAAAUUGUUUAUCUUGUGUCAAGUGGUGUAUGGCCACCCUUUUUGGCCACCCACAUUGGCUACAACUCCAGUGAAAGUUUGUUGUCGCCAUCUAGCCAUUUCUCGCUUUGUGGCCACUGUGGAUAGGUGGGAGUGAAGUGGAGUGCCCGUGCCCUAGCUAACCGAAAACAGUUGGAUCCUUGCGGUUUCGGGGAGCCGAAAUCGGAUGACAUUAUCUCCCAGAGGCCGCGGGUCUAUUGUGGCAAAGGUGGAGUCUACUCCAGAGUAGAGUGGAGUGGAGGUGGCCCAGAGUGGGAUGUGGAAUGCUGCCGAGUGACUCGAAAUUAAAAGCGAAACAAGGCGUCGCACCUCGGGCAUGCAUCUUUAAUCAGGCCCCAAUGAAUUUCCGCGCGAAAUGUUUACGGCCUAUGAAUAAGCAAUGAAAUAAGCGCUCACGGGCAUUUGUCAUUUGGCAAAGUGAAAAUUGAAGUGACUGUGAAAAUUGAGACAAAUGUGCGCCAGCAUCCGAGUGCCGUUGGAUUAAAGCAGGUCCACACAAUCCCGGCAUAAUCCGGGCAUAAUUUCAUCUUAACUAGUCACCGCAACUGAAGCAACAAAGGAUGGAUCCUAAAGCCGGCUUAAGUGCUCUGGAGGAAAGGUCCCUGAAAGGCUCAGAGAAACUCAAAAUGCUGGACAUCACCCGCGACAAGCCGGUGAAGGUGGCCGUCAAAGUGGCGGUUCCUGUGCGGGAUCACCCCAAGUUCAAUUUCGUGGGCAAGCUGCUCGGACCCAAGGGCAACUCGAUGAAGCGCCUGCAGGAGGACACCAUGUGCAAGAUGGCCGUCCUGGGACGCGGAUCGAUGCGGGACCGGCGGAAGGAGGAGGAGCUGCGGGGCAGUGGGGACAGUCGCUAUGCCCAUCUCUUCGAGGACCUGCACGUCGAGAUCUCGACCUUCGCCGCUCCGGCGGAGGCCCACGCCCGGAUCGCCUACGCGCUGGCGGAAGUGCGCCGCUUUCUGGUUCCGGACUACCACGAUGACAUCCGCCAGGAGCAGAUGUGGGAGAUGCAGGCGCUGACGUCCACGCCGGCACUGGGCGCCCACUCGCUGGAGGACUCGCAGAGCCCCACCAUCAACGCCAGUAAUCAGGUGGGGGGCGCCACCAACUCCACCUCCAGCGGGGCCAGUGGGCGGGGCCUGGGCGGCGGACUGGCCGACAUGGACACGUCCAACGAUGACAAAUCGGACGAUGCCAGCGGCAUGGAGUGCCUGUCGGCAGUCGACAAGCUCGAGUGCUCAUCCAGCUGUGCCAGCCUGGGAAUCAGCGGAAUCACGACCAUCAGCACCACCAGCUCCGAGCAUCCGCAUCCGCAUCCCCACCAGCACCACCACGCGCACCUGCACCCAGCGCACGCCCACGGAAACCAGCAGCAGCAGCAGCAGCAGGUGCACCACCACCACCACCAGAGCCACCAGGCGCACUUCCACCAGCUGCUCCAGCAGGCCCACGGCGGAGCCAGUGCAGCAGCGGCUGCCUGCGGGGAGCAUCUCUCCGGCCAGGCGACUCCGGCCACGGCGGCGGCACUGCACACCACAGCCAUGGCAGUGGCACUCCAGCAUCAGCUGACAGCCGCAGGAAUCGGAGGACUCCUGAAGCCCGCCACCGGAGUGGGGGCCACCAUGGCCGGGCUGCCCACCACCCAGGCGGGGGCCGCCGCCCUGCAGUUGUCCGGCGACGGGGAGUCAUCCGGAUCCACGCUCACGCUGCUGGAGCCACCGGGCUCCGCCCUCCUCCACCCCGCUCUGCGCAACGUCAAGACCAUCAACAUAGGUGGCGGCCUGGGAAGGAAGCGCCCGUUGCUAGGGGUUCCCCGCUCUGGAAUGAAUCCCACCAAGCGCACGGUGAUGAGUCUGCUGGCCAGGGCCAAGAACUCGCAGGCGCUGCACUCGGUCCGCCAGCCCAUGGUGACGGCCACCAGUUUCGCUGAACCCUUGCAGAUGCUGGCCUCGCCGUUCAUUAUUCCGCACCAGGCGGUGGACCAGCCCAUCCUGGCGCUGUCGAAGGAGGGACUCGCCCAGGGCGUCUAACCCAGUGACCUGCUCCACCUGCGGCUGCCCAGAUAGACCAAUCUGACCGAUAACCACCUGCCCCGCCUCCCCCUUGCGAGGCAAGCGGGAAUCUCGAGGAGAUUACCGAGUAUAACUAGGCGAUGUUUGCGUAGACGAUGCGUACUUUCCACGUAGUAAGGCUAUACCGAUCUUUAGGGACUAACUGUGAACUUAUCCGAGCGAAAUCUCGAGCUCGUGCUACACGAUUUUAUUUUUUACAGAGAAUAAACGGAGCGUCUAUUUGCAAUGCGAUGUUUUAUUUCCACAGAUGCAAACCUAGGCAAACAAAAUCGAUAUGUUCGAUCUAAUGGAACAGAGUUUAAACUUUAAACAAAUUGAAACCUAAAAUUAGUGUCAAAUUAAAAAUGAGAGCAACUUCAAUAGAAAUAAAUGUAAACGCAAUUACUUUAAACAAAUUACUUUAAAUAAAUAUACACACAAAUACGAAUGCGACUGCGAAUGCAGAUUCCGAACACGAGUACCAUAAAAGAUAUAUAUACAAUACAUACGAACACGUAUACAAGAAUAUACAAGUAUAAAUAUGUGUGUACUUAAAUCUAUAUAAACUUAAGAUUAAACCAAACGAAACUACUAAAUUAAUGAGAUAAUACAAUAAUUUUAAAGUAUUUUAACAGCCACAAAACGAAGACAAAGUCAAAAACCAAAUGAAAAUGAAAAUGAAAAUGAAAGGAAAAGAAAGGAAAUUAGAAGGAUAUAGACAGUUGAGGUAGAACCCCCGAUCAGAGAGAUCCCACCGCCUUCAGCUUGCGUUGCCUGAUUGAUUCCACAUUGAGUCCCCUCAGACCCAAAGCUACAGCUGAUAGAUAUGAUAGUUCGGUUUCAGUUUCAGAACAGAAAGUUUCAGAACAUCGAAAGCAGCGAUCGCCUCCAGAGUUAUAUUUUUUUGUUCAGAUAUUAUAUACACGCACUCGAGGAUGAUGUUUGGAAGGUCUGUGUCUUUGGUCUGAGUCCAGCUGGAUGCUCCAUCCCCUCCACCACACUGCGAUGCUUCGAUUAAACGUAUGAAUUGAUAUUUAAGCUAUAGGAAUUUGAUCUCACAGUUAUCUGUCGAGUACUUUGGGUGCCACUGUACCGACCAUUCCAGCAGAUAAUUCCGAUUUCACGUCGAGAGUUCACUUUAGCUCCCCAGUUACUUUGUUGACUGUGCACGAACCACAUAGUUCUUAAAUAGCGUUAACCGAUAUACAAUAACAAACAUUACUCAAUAAAUGUUCACAGAAAGUUUAAUCAAAAAAACAAAACGAAUAUUUACAGCGUAACGUAAAAGUAAAAGUAAAAGUAAACUUAAAGCAAAAUAUUGAUGUUCAAAGAAAGCAAAUCCGUGAAAGGUCCUACUCAUGUCAUUAAUGUAGAUGUCAAAUAUGCAAAACGAAUUAAAUAAUUAAACCAGUCUUAAAUGUGAAAAAUUUCAGCAAAAUUCCACCACAACCACCAGAAACCACACAAAAACCGCCACCACCACCACAGCUUCGAGCUAUUCACAAAUAAAAUGCAAUAUUUUAAAAAUAAA